UAUUUUUUAGCUCACCCUCACCUCAUUCCCAGCAAACUGGCCCGCAGAGAGAUCGUUUUUAAAAGGUGGUUGCAGCACUGCAGAGCCGGCGGCUGCAGGGAGAGAGCACUUUUGAGGGGAGGCCGUGGUGAUCCUUUUCAGGGGAAAUGGAGAACUGGGUCAGGGAACGUGGCCCUGAAAUCUGUGCCCAGGUAGUCGCCCUGGCGGAGGAUUUCCUGUUGAGGCAGCGCGAGACCGAGAGAUGGGAUCCAAAGGUGGCAGCCACGAACCUUUCCGACACAGAGCAGGCUCCAUCAGACACUGAACAGGAACAGAGCUUUAAACAGGAGGAAGAUGAAGACACCAUCUCACUUGGUGAUGGUCAAGUGAGUGAAAAUGAGGAUGCUCACCUUCCAUUGGAAGGCUCUGAGCCAGAGGAACCCAAUGGGGCAUCCUUAGGAGAAGACAAUUGGACGAUUUCUCGAUAUGGCGAGAUGGGAGAGACAUCAGGCAAUCACCAGAUAUCAGGCAGACACAAGGGAAGCUACCCAGAGAACAGAGUGGGUGUUCCACCUUAUGAUGUGGGCAACUGGGAGCGGAAGGAACCCAGAAUUCGGGCAAGAAUCUACAACUAUGGGGGACUGAAGAUGUGCAUGGACUGUGGGAAGACGUUCAAGCAGAGCUCAAGCCUGUACAGGCACCGGAGACUCCACACUGGAGAGAAACCCUAUGGCUGCCCAGAGUGUGGCAAAAGUUUCAGCCGGAAGUCUCACCUCAUUGCCCACGAGAGGACUCACACAGGAGAGAAACCCUACGACUGUGCAGAGUGUGGUAAAAGUUUCAGCCGGAAGUCUCACCUUACCACACAUGAGAGAAUUCACACAGGAGAGAAGCCUUAUAAAUGUGGGGAGUGUGGGAAAUGUUUCAGUCAGAGUUCAGCCCUCGUAGCCCAUGAGAGAUCCCAUACUGGUGAGAAGCCAUUUAUAUGCCUGGAUUGUGGGAAGAACUUCCAUCGGCGGUCAGGCCUUUCAGCACAUGAGAGGACCCACACAGGAGAGAAACCAUAUAGAUGUACAGAGUGUGGAAAGAGUUUUAGUCAAAGCUCAGGACUUCUGGCCCAUGAGAGAACCCACACAGGGGAGAAACCGUACCGGUGCACAGAGUGUGGGAAAAGCUUCUGUGAACGCACAGCCCUUGUUAGACAUUUGAGAACUCACACAGGGGAGAAACCAUAUACGUGCACGGAGUGUGGCAAGAGCUUUAGCCAGAGCUCAGGCCUUCUGGCGCAUGAGCGGACUCACACCGGAGAGAAACCAUACAAAUGCUCGGACUGCGGGAAAAGUUUUGGCCACCGCUCUGACCUUCUCAGACAUCAGAGAAUCCUGAAAAGAGGAAAGCCAUACAAAUGCUCUGAGUGUGGGAAAUGCUUCGGCCGGGGCUCUGACCUCCUUCAACAUCAGCAAAUCCACACGGGAGAGAAACCAUAUAAAUGCACUUAUUGUGGAAAGUGUUUCAGUUGGCGGUCAAACCUUAUUAAGCACGAGAGAAUCCACACAAGGGUGAAAACGUGUAAAUGAGCCGAUUGAGUGCAGAAGUGAUAGAUGAUGCUCACCUCUGCAAAUGGAUGAGAACUCCCACAGCAGAGCUCGCACUGCUGGAAAUGAGAUCACUCCUUGUAACAUGGAUAAAAAGAACCAUUUGGGAACGAUUAUUUUUCCAUCAACGCAGGUGCAGGUUCAGCAUUGGGCCAUGCACUAGUCAUGACUGGAGAAUAUUGCUGGAGAAAGAAUGUCUAAAAUUCUGUGUCUGAGUUUGAACCUUCCAUGUAGUAGCUACCAGAGAAUCUGAUGCAUUUUCUGAAAAUGGUCAUAGAAUUGUAGAGCUGGUAGUAACAGUCAUCAAUCACCCUGUUGCAACAGCCAGAAACACUUUUAAAAUUGUAUUUAAAGCCUAGCCUAGUAAUGUUGAUGCAAUGUAUUUUAAUAAUGAUAGUGCAGUUAAUUCUGCUAAAUGCCCUCAUUUUUGGAAUUCUUCUCACUGUCCACAAUCCAGCCCCAUGUUUUUUAGGGUGCCAUUUCCUGAUUUGGAAAUAAGCAAACUCUGAUGGGGAGGAAAGGGAAAUCUGAUGUUCUAGAUGCAUGAUAAUAGAAGGAAUCAAUUUUACAUUAUGUACCCCUUCCCUGAGAUACAAUAGCCUUGUUCACAUGUUACAGUGAAUGCACGUACAUACUGUGUACAAUGUACAUUUGACUUUUCUUUAUACGUGUAUUGAGUAAUUCUCACAUUACGUUCAAUGAAUGUACAGCUGAAUGUGUGUUUGAA